CAAUGACAAAAGCAGUCACAGUUGAUGAUGAGGGUGUAUGGGAUAGGGCAAUACAGGCAAAUCCAGGUUGGUUGAAGUACAAGAAGUACGGACUAAACAAUUGGCCAGAGUUGAGCAUGGUAUUUGGGGAUGCAUAUGCUAGAGGUAACUUAGGGGUUGAUAGUGCUCAAGAUUUGGAUGGCAUCGAAGAUAUUAAUACAGUUGAUAUUGAGCAAGUCUCUCACUCCCCCAGUACCCCGGUGCAUAUAAGCAUGUCUGACCCCUUUCAUGAGGAUACUCAUACUCCAACUCAGACGACCACAAAACGAAGUCUUGAUAGGACACCUACGGGACGAAGAAAAAAAAGCGCCAAUAAGAGAGAUAGCCACGUGAAGGAUUUGUAUGGGAAGUAUUUAUCUAUUAAAAUUGAUAAAGCAUCCAGUACUUCUGUUACAUCUCCUGUUCGUGGUGGAGUAGGUGCAUCUUGUCCUCGAGAUUUCAGUGUGAGUGCAUGUGAGGCGGUGAUAUCCUCCAUACCGGAUAUAUCAAAGGAGAUAUAUUUGAAGGCCACCAGUCGUAUGUGUACUGAUCCUAGUUGGAGGGAGUUGUUUGUCUGUGCAGAGCCUGCGAAGAGGAUUUGGCUUUUAGAUGCGUUGGAGUAGUUGAUGUUGUGUUUGAAUGCUACUUUUGAUAAUUUUGGAUUUGGGACUCUACUUUUGGGGGAUGUGUAAUUUUACUUUUGGAGAUACAUUGCAUGACUUGACUUUUAUUUCUUUUGUGUUUUUUUCCUAUUAUUGAUGUGUGUAAUGUUGAACAUGUUGUUUGGGUUGAGACGAUGUGUCAGCUUGUUAUGUUUAACAGAUAUUUGUUUCCAAUUGUGUAGUAAUUGUUUAUUUAUUGCAGUUAUGUCAAAUGCAUUAUGUGAAA